GCGGGGCGUGGGCCAGGGCGCUCCGAGGGGGCGGGCCGGGAGCUCCCGCAGCCGCCGCCGUCGCCGCCGCCGCCGCCGCCGCCGGAGGAGGAGGAGGAGGCUCCGGGGCCUGGCGCUGGCUGGGCGGCUGUGGGGCCCGGCAGCAGCAGCAGCGGCCGCCGCCGCCUCGGCGGCCCCUCGCUCCUCCUCCUCGGAGCGGCCGCCUCCCUGCCCGCGGGCCUCCCGAGCUCGGCGCGCCCAUGGAGCUGCACAUCCUGGAGCACCGGGUGCGGGUGCUGAGCAUCGCGCGCCCGGGACUCUGGCUCUACACGCACCCGCUUGUCAAGCUGCUCUUCCUGCGGCAGCGGAGCCGGUGCAAGUUUUUCAGCCUGACAGAAACCCCAGAAGAUUACACCCUGAUGCUGGAUGAGGAAGGAUAUAAAGAGCUGCCCCCGUCGGAGUUCUUGCAGGUGGCUGAGGCCACAUGGCUGGUGCUCAACGUCCUGUCCAACAGCAGCUCGGCCACCAACUUUCAGGCCGUGGGCGUCACCAAGAUCGCCAGGUCGGUCAUCGCCCCGCUGGCCGAGCACCACGUCUCUGUCCUCAUGCUGUCCACGUACCAGACGGACUUCAUCCUGGUACGGGAGCAGGACCUGCCCGUGGUGAUCCACACUCUGGCCCAGGAGUUCGCCAUCUACCGGGAGGUGGACGGAGAGCCGGUGCCCGUGGCCAGCGACGACGCCAGCAACGGCUUCCACAAAGCCAAACUGGGUGAGGGGCCGCGCUCUUCCUUCCCAGGGCUCCACCCGCCUCCUUCAGUGGCUCCCAGAGGGUUCCACUCCUCCCCUCCCCCAGGCAGCCUUUGGGACUUUUUGGGGGUUCAGCCCUUGUAACAAAGAAGGGAGGAGGGUCAACAAAAGUGCCCGAAUCCCAGCUCGUCGAACAGUGUAUGCCGGGCUCUGCACCCGUGGUCCCCACCUCGGGAAGGGGAGGCCUUUAAGUCAUGCUGCUAAUAAUGGUCAUGUCUAUGAGAUUGUGAUGUACCAUAGUCGUCCUCAUGUU